GAAAACCGCUUAGCUCUUUAAAGUACGCCUGACUACGUGCAGACAGUUGUUGAGGUCUCAAAAAUGAACGCGAUGUAUUCUGCGGAACAAAUCAAGGUGCCACCGGAGCUCGGUACCAUUAUGAAGCAAUACACAAAGGCCGUUAUGCGCGACAAGCCUACGGACUUGUACAAGUACAGUGCAAAUUUCUUUGCCAUCCUGAGCGGAUAUCCUGCGCCGUUCGACGCGGAUGGUCAGUUGACGGAAAGUGGCGCCAACGAUGUGAAGAACACUUCGGGUGCUCCUCCAGGGUCAAACUCCCGUGGAAAAGCGCAGCAAGGUGAUGCGGUAGAUCCGAUCGACUCGCUUUUUCGCAGGUAUGACCGCACUGGGACAGGCUACAUGGAGGCAUCCGAGUUGCCAAGUCUCUUGGAGGAGCUCAAAACCGUUCUCUCGUUGGACGCAAACGAUUUAGACGCGGCCGAAAGUAUUCAAGCCCUGUUACCUUCUGCAGAUGGGCAGAUUGACCUCUUGGAGUUGCGGCGUAUGCUGUUUGAAGAACCUGAAGAGUGA